AUGCGAACGCUUGAUGCCGGCGGCCAUUGUGUCUUGGAGAUGCCUUCAGGCACCGGCAAAACUAUCUCGCUAUUGUCCUUGAUCGUUGCAUACCAACAAUACUAUCCAGAGCACCGCAAACUCAUUUACUGCUCACGUACCAUGUCCGAGAUUGAAAAAGCCUUGGCGGAAUUAAAAGCUCUUAUGAAAUACAGGGCGGAACAACUUGGGCACCAGGAGGAUUUCCGUGGAUUGGGGUUGACCAGUCGUAAGAAUUUAUGCCUUCAUCCUUCUGUGAAGCGGGAGAAGAGUGGCGCGGUGGUGGAUGCUCGCUGCCGAAGUUUGACUGCUGGUUUUGUGAAGGAGAAGAAGGAGAGGGGAGAGGAUGUUCCUGUGUGCGUUUACCAUGAGAAUUUGGAUCUCCUCGAGCCGCAUAAUCUAAUACCAAAUGGAGUAUGGACUUUAGAUGGUAUCAUGAGAUAUGGGGAAGACCAUAAGCAAUGCCCAUACUUUACCUCCAGACGAAUGAUGUCUUUCUGCAAUGUGAUCAUUUACUCGUACCAUUAUUUACUCGACCCUAAGAUUGCCGAGAGAGUUUCUAAAGAGCUGUCUAAAGAUUGCAUUGUCGUUUUUGAUGAAGCGCACAAUAUUGAUAACGUAUGCAUCGAAUCCUUAAGUACCGAUAUCACGGAUGAUUCGCUUCGCAAGGCCACUCGUGGAGCAAUCAACCUCGAGAACAAGAUUUCGGAUUUGAGGGAUAGCGAUUCCGAAAAGCUCAAAGAUGAGUAUGCCAAGUUGGUCGAGGGACUCCGUGGUGCUGACGAAGCUCGAGCGGAGGAUGCUUUUAUGUCAAACCCUGCUUUGCCAGAUGAUCUCCUCAAAGAAGCCGUUCCUGGGAACAUUAGAAGAGCUGAACAUUUUGUAACUUUUCUGAAACGAUUUAUUGAAUACCUCAAGAAGACAAGAAUGAAAGUCCGACAAGUCAUAUCUGAGACACCUGCAUCAUUCUUGGCUCACCUGCGGGAGCACACGUUUAUCGAAAAGAAGCCUCUGAGGUUUUGUGCAGAACGUCUUACAUCGCUUGUGCGGACUUUAGAACUCACCAAUAUUGAAGAUUAUCAGCCACUUCAGGAGGUAGCGACAUUUGCCACUUUAGUAGCGACAUACGAAAAGGGAUUUCUUCUUAUCCUUGAGCCUUAUGAAUCUGACACCGCCGAGGUCCCAAAUCCUGUCCUUCACUUCACAUGUCUCGAUGCAGCAAUAGCAAUAAAGCCCGUCUUCGAACGUUUCAGUUCUGUGAUCAUUACAUCAGGUACCAUUUCUCCACUAGAAAUGUAUCCUAAAAUGCUGGACUUCGAAUGUGUUGUUCAAGAGUCCUAUCCCAUGACCCUUGCUCGUCACGGUAUGGUCGUCUUCUUUCCAUCUUACCUGUAUAUGGAGUCGAUCAUUAAAACCUAUCGUACGGCAUGCUGUAAUGGAAGAGGUGCUAUUCUUCUUUGUGUUGCCCGUGGAAAGGUCAGUGAGGGUAUCGAUUUUGACCAUCAGUACGGACGCACUGUGAUAUGUAUUGGAGUACCGUUUCAAUACACGGAAUCUCGUAUCCUGAAAGCGCGGCUAGAGUUUCUUCGUGAAACAUAUCGAAUUAGAGAGAAUGAUUUCCUAUCGUUCGAUGCCAUGAGACAUGCAGCUCAAUGCUUGGGUCGCGUACUUAGAGGAAAAGACGACUACGGAAUCAUGGUGUUGGCCGAUCGUCGUUUCUUGAAGAAACGAGCACAAUUGCCAAAAUGGAUCAACCAGGCGAUCCUUGACAGUGAAGUCAAUCUGAGUACGGAUAUGGCGUACAUGGAGCGUGCAGGAUUUAGAGAGGUUUAA